AUGAGAGAAGUCAUCAGUCUGAACGUCGGCCAGGCCGGUUGCCAGAUCGCAAACUCUUGCUGGGAGCUCUACUGCCUCGAGCACGGUAUCCAGCCUGAUGGUUUCCUCACCGAGGAGCGCAAGGCCCUGAACGACGACCACGGCUUCAGCACCUUCUUCUCCGAGACUGGUCAGGGCAAGUAUGUCCCCCGUACCAUCUACGCCGAUCUUGAGCCCAACGUCGUCGACGAGGUCCGCACCGGCCCUUACCGCUCCCUCUUCCACCCCGAGCAGAUGAUCACAGGCAAGGAGGAUGCCUCAAACAACUACGCCCGUGGUCACUACACCGUCGGAAAGGAGCUCAUCGACCAGGUCCUCGACAAGGUCCGCCGCGUUGCCGACAACUGCUCCGGUCUGCAAGGUUUCCUCGUCUUCCACUCCUUCGGUGGAGGAACUGGUUCCGGUUUCGGUGCCCUGUUGAUGGAGCGUCUGUCUGUCGACUACGGCAAGAAGUGCAAGCUCGAGUUCUGUGUCUACCCAGCUCCCCAGGUUGCCACAUCCGUUGUUGAGCCAUACAACUCCAUCCUCACCACCCACACUACCCUUGAGCACUCCGACUGCUCCUUCAUGGUCGACAACGAGGCCAUCUACGACAUCUGCCGCAGGAACCUCGGAAUUGAGCGCCCCAACUACGAGAACCUCAACCGUCUCAUUGCUCAGGUCGUCUCAUCCAUCACCGCCUCGCUCCGAUUCGACGGUUCCCUCAACGUCGACCUGAACGAGUUCCAGACCAACUUGGUCCCUUACCCCCGUAUUCACUUCCCUCUCGUCGCCUAUGCUCCCGUCAUCUCCGCUGCCAAGGCCGCCCACGAGGCCAACUCGGUCAUGGAGAUCACCAACGCCUGCUUCGAGCCCAACAACCAGAUGGUCAAGUGCGACCCUCGCAACGGAAAGUACAUGGCUACCUGCCUGUUGUACCGUGGCGACGUUGUCCCCAAGGACACCCACGCUGCCAUCGCCCAGGUCAAGACCAAGCGUACCGUUCAGUUCGUCGACUGGUGCCCGACUGGUUUCAAGGUUGGUAUCUGCUACCAGCCUCCUCAGAUGGUCCCCAACGGCGACCUCGCCGCCGUCAACCGCGCCGUCUGCAUGUUGUCCAACACCACGGCCAUCAGCGAGGCCUGGUCUGCUCUCUCGCACAAGUUCGACCUCAUGUACAGCAAGCGCGCUUUCGUCCACUGGUACGUUGGUGAGGGUAUGGAGGAGGGUGAAUUCUCUGAAGCCCGCGAAGAUCUCGCAGCUUUGGAGCGGGACUACGAGGAGGUGGCCGCUGACAGCCUCGGCGACGACGAGGGUGUUGAGGCAGAGUACUAA